CUGAGUGCACCCCUCCGUCUUGGUGUGCACCCCUUCAGGCCGGUACCUUUCAAAAUGCGUGUCCCUUCAGGUGCAUGUUUCCCCGAAGCCAUGUACCUCUUUCGCAGUGAGAUAAUGGGAUGGAUACCAGGCCUUUCAGACUGGGAGGUUAACUUCCAUGCCUACUCUUACAGACUUGCUUUUCUUGGUGCUGCUUAUCCAGGGCCCUAUUGCCCUCAAGGUGGCCAUCCUGCAUCCUGUUCCUAAAGUCCUGGUCAGGUCGCCCCAGUUCCUCCUAACUUUCCCAGUUCAGAGUGGAGGUAUGCUGGUGGCUUGGUGCUCCUCUGUUCUCUAGCAGCAGAUAGGGAAGAUACCAUCCUGUCUUGCCCUUAACUCCUUCCUACAGUCUGUGGUUUGUCCCUUUAUGUAUUCCUGACCCUAGAGGACUGUGGCACCUUUUGAAUGUGCUGUGUGACAUUGGGAACUGGUGAUGCCUGGAACAAUACUCAGUAGCUCUCUGCUGGUUGCUGCUGAGGUCCAGGUGGCUUCAGGUCAUUUGGUGGAGUCAGUUCUGAGCCAGGCGGGAUAGCCUGGCCCUCAAGCACUUGUAGUUUAUGAAAGGAGGCUCACCUAGAUUUCCAAGGUGGUUCUUUAAGUAUGAUUCAGAACAUGAAGGUUAGUGAGGUUGGAGGCAAGAACCUGGUGGACUAGGGUGUAGGGUGGGUUUCUGAACAGCAGUCAGAAGAGUUGGGGAGCCCCUGGGUCAGAAAUAGGGCUGACAGGGCCAAGAGGCUCCCCAGAUAUCCCCUUUUAACUGAAACCUUGGGGGGUUCCAGUACAGUGGCUCACACCCUGUGCUAGGCUUCUUUUUGGGGUUGAUUGCAGUAUGGUUCUAUCCCAACUUGGCCCCUCUGUUCCGUAUAGUCAAGGCUGCCACUGCACCUUGGACUCCUGUGCUGAGCCACAGAGAACAUGCUCAGAUUGAGUCAUCCAGGGGAGACAGGUUCCCACUUCCAUGCCUUUCUUUGUUCCUUAGUGCUUCAAAUUGAGGUUUUGCAAUUAUUCCAGGGGCACAAGAGCAGUGGAAUUGUCCCUCACUUAAUUCUCCAGGUUUUAGGUGCAGAGGCUGUCAGUCCAGGCUGUCACAUCCCUGCUCCAGAUCAGGUAUAAAGGAUGGGGUGGAGCCUCUGCACUGGGCACAGCAGAGGCAGGAUAGGGCAGGUUGCUGUGUAGAUGGAUGGGAACAUAUCCUCAGUCUGCCUACUUUGGCCAGCUCUGUGCAGAUGUCCUGGUUCAGCACCCAGGGUUUGGAGACUGAUGAGACCUGGACUAGUGGGACAUGCUCAGCAGUGGACUAUGAAGAAGGUUCCGCCUUAGAUCUUCACCUUAGUGACAUAAAUAUCGCGUCCUUAGAUAAAGACUUGGAAGAGCAGGACCUUGGAUUGACAGGUCCCAGGUCGCUGGCAGGCUCAGCACCCGUCACCAUUCCGGGCUCCCUGCCCCGCUCGCCAUCCUUGCACUCGUCCUCAUCCCUGUCCACCUCCCCACUCAGCUCGCUCUCCCAGUCCCUGUCUGGGCCACUCGUCUCCUCGGCUAUGACGCCCCCCCAGCAGCCACCACCCCUCCGGUCGGAGCCGGCUACGCUGGGCUCUGCAGCCUCAUCUUACAGCUCUUUAGGUUUGAACGGCGUCCCUGGGAGCAUCUGGGACUUUGUUUCUGGCAGCUUCUCUCCUAGCCCAUCCCCCAUUUUGAACUCUGGCCCUUCGGCUUCCUCAAGUGCAAGUCCAAACAGUGCUGAGCUGGCACGGGUCAGGCGACAGCUAGAUGAAGCCAAAAGAAAGAUCAGGCAGUGGGAAGAGUCUUGGCAGCAAGUGAAGCAGGCCUGUGAUGCCUGGCAGAGAGAGGCUCAGGAGGCCAAGGAGAGAGCCCGUGUAGCGGACAGUGACCGGCAGUUGGCCCUGCAGAGGAAGGAGGAGGUGGAGGCCCAGGUAAAGCAGCUGCAGGAAGAACUAGAGGGCCUGGGUUUGUCCUCACUGCCAGGGCUACGGAGCUUGGGUGACAUCAACGACAUCCCUCUCCCCAAGUUGCAUUCCCUGCAGAGCCAGCUGCGCCUGGACCUGGAGGCUGUGGAUGGGGUGAUCUUCCAGCUUCGUGCCAAACAGUGUGUGGGCUGCCAGGAGAGGGCCCAUGGCACUGUCCUCCGGCCCUGCCAGCAUCGUGUCUUAUGCGAGCUGUGUGCAGCCAGUACCCCUGAGUGCCCCUACUGCAAGGGCCAGCCUCUCCCAUGGUGACCAGAGCGAGACCUAUUCCUUCCCUGGUGAGCAGUGCAAAGGCCUCAGCAUGCCAUGUGCCACUUCAGUGUCGAAACUUGCCUCCAGUACCACCCACGCCAGGAUGUGAGUUCAUGCCCACUGCCCAACAGCCUCUCAUAUUACUCUUUCUUCCCUACCAUCUCCUACCAACGGUGUCAAGGUAUUCUCAGAAAACCUUUGAAGUACCACCACCCGUCCUCUGGGCAGGUGGCAUGUUUUUGGUGCCCCUAGUCAUGACGCUGCUGUGGCCAGGCCAGUGGGAGGUCAGGCCUUGUCAAAGCACUUUGUAAACCGAGGAAUCUAAUUAGACAUUAUAAAUUGUAUAAGCUGCUUUCUAGGUCCAUGUUUUUUAAUAUGCGAUAACAUGAAGCUUUAUAAGUGUACUGUGAACUUGAAGUUUCCUAUCAGUUUGUUGUUAACUCAUAGUAAUGGUAACUACGUUAGAUUUCAUAUUCUGAAACUAUUUAGGAAAUGAACAUUUAUCUAGUAGUGAAGACCUAGGAUUUUUACAUUUAAAAUUAAGUGCAGACAAAUAGUAUUUAUAAGCAGAGAGUGGUUAUUGAGAGACACAUAUACAUUUAGAUGUUCUUAAUUUUAUGAAAGGAACUAAUUUUCCUAAGCAUGUGCAGGUGCACAUGUAGGUGGAGUUUUAUAUUCCAGUAUCACAGAGUGAUAUCCAGAGCUCUGUCAUGCACUUAUGUGAUCCGUGGCCACUUCCAAGUGCCUGUGCCUUGCAAAAGAAGUGAAGGAAUUGGUUCAUUUGGUUUUUUUCUUCUCCCUUGAAAGACAAUUUCAUGCUAAUGAAAAAUGCAGCAAAGGAAUCAGACAUUCAGAGGAGUCCAAGAUCUACUCGGAAGGAGCUGUGUUCUGAUGUCUUGUCUGUAAUGGCAACGGUGCUUUGUACCCUGAGUCGCCCGGGGCACCCUAGCUUGUGCUGAACAAAGGGGCUGUGAACCUGAGACUUCAUUCUGCUGCCCCUGUGAUCACCCUCACUCACUGCUAGCUGAUCCAGAGAUUCCAGGACAGCUUUAGCAGACACCUGGUACCUGAGCUGUGCAUCCAGUUAUGAUCAGAAUCCAUCCCAUGACCAGCAGCCCCAGCUCUGCUGCAGCUCACCUGGCAGCUUCCAAGGAGAAGGCAGCACCCUCACAGCUUGGCCUCAGGCCCAUGGCUAAAAUCCUGCUGAGAAUGUGUCCAGGGUGAUGACUUUCAGCCUUCUAUAGUAAGAACUGGGACUGUUCCUGGAAAUCUAGGGAGGAGGCAACUGUCCAGGCAACCCCUGCCUUUGGUGGCAGACCUAGGAAGGGCAGGUAUCCUACCUGCAGGUUCUGCCCAGGCCUAGAAGUGGUUCUCUUCUCUCAUGGCUUUGCCAAAGACUUUUAAUAGCAUUUUUUAAGUGCAAAGUGACUAGGUAAAACGUUUUUAUCAGUGACCAAAUUAGAAUGUAUUAAUAUAGUAGGAGAUUGAAAAGCAUUUUCUAAUACAAGACAAACUGGUAGAAAAGCUCUAUUAAAGGAAGUGGAUCCUCAACAUUCCGCAGCUAGCCCACCUCUUAAUAAGGUAACUAUUGACCUGGUUUUAGUGACUAUUUUGUUUUUAAUUAUAGUGGUAAUGAUUUAUUAGCUCAGUACCUAGAUCAUGUGUAUUUCGUGCUACUGUUACCAUGGUUUAAGAUUGUUUAUUUUUAUUCAUAUUUAUGCACUUGUUUCCCAUAUUGGCCUUUGGUCUCUGUGGUAACAGGACAAUGUUUGUGAUUGAUAGCUCAUCUGGACAUUCAAGCUGUAACAGUUACAAGCAUUAAGCUUUAGGUUGUGUGUGUGUAAGCUAUUCUGGCUAACUCCUCCUGGGCUGACAUUCCAGGCUGGGGCUGUGGCAGUUAUGGGACUGCUGUGGGACGUCUACAGGGUCCCACCCAGUGACUGGAGUUUUCUUGAGCAUCUGCUUUUCUGGAAUCAGGCUGGGCUCUGAGGAUAGGUGUGCAGGGGUAAGACCAAAGAAGGGGCCACUUCUCCCAUCCAUCCCAGACCUCCUGUGAGCUAUGGCUCCUAGGGUCUAUCCUGGGUGGGAAGAGCCAAGGAGGAGAGAGAUGGGUUUAAGGCCCACAUGUGCAUACUGGUGAGGUCAUGGUCUGGGAACUGAGGCUCACCAUUGUCCUGUUGCCUAUUGUCUUUUAACUCUCUAGUGUUAAAUAUUAACAGUAAAUGAUGGUGUCAGAGUUUUGUGUAUCUGGUUGGCAGACCUUCCCCCAGUAUGGAUGCGCAUGUGGAUUAACUUAUGGAAGCCUUUGUGUGCAUUUGUUUUCAGAAAUUAGCUGAGAAUGUUAUGUGAAUGGAAUCUUCUUAAUCCAGAAGGUCAUAUUUAUAAUACAUACCCAUUUACUUAGUGAAUUGUUUAAAGUUGUUAACAUUUGUUUAAAUUUUUUUACUAUAGCAUUUAUGCAAUGGUUUACAGAAUUCAUGGAGUUAUUUUUUAUCAGUAUGAGAUUAAUUAAAACUUUGAAAUUUA